AAUAAUGAGAACUUCAUAUCAGUUUUAUUUUGCCACACACCCGCGUCAAGCUCACCGAAAAUGACGACUAUCUUUUCCCGAAUAGUUAAGUUUUCUAUUGCUUACCCAGUUACCCGAGGAAUGGCUUCAUACGCAGUUAUAUGGCCAACCGGAUGUUUAAUACAACAAGUAGCAUUUGGAGAUGAUGAAUUUGACCUUGCCAGAGCCGCUCGAUUUGGACUUUUUGGAGCAUUUUAUGUGGCUCCAACUUUAAAUGCUUGGCUAACUGUUGCACGUUACUUGUAUCCAAAGAAUGAUCUUCGAAGUGCAAUUAUAAAAGCACUUAUAGAACAAGUAACUUAUUCACCUUGUGCUAUGGUGAGCUUUCAUUUCGGAAUGUCUUUACUGGAGGGUAAGACGGUCAGUGAAGCGAAAAAAGAAGUAGAAAAAAAGUUCUUGCCUACAUACAAGGUGGGUAUAAUUGUUUGGCCUAUAUUACAAGUGUUCAAUUAUACAAUGAUUUCAGAAAAAAAUAGAAUUCCAUUUGUUAGUCUAUGUAGUCUAGCCUGGAGUUCAUUUCUAGCAUACAUGAACCAUAAUAACAAAAAAAAGGAUAAAAUUUUAGUCACUAAAUGAUGAAAAAGAAUCAUUCCAACAAAAAAAUAAAAAACAAUAUAAUUAUUAAUUUAUUGUAUAUAAAUAUGUAUAUUCUGUAAAUUUUAAAAAAAU